AUGGGCGUGUAUCCGUUCUCUACUUACGUCCUCCGCAAAUACUACCAGGCUACAGGAUGGAACGAAGAUAACCUCUUCAGCAACUUGACGCGCUCCUCAGAUGCACUUUUGGACUUUAGCGUACCCAAGGGUCUACAAUUCUCAAUCUCAAAAGCUCCCAAUGCUUUAUUCCGCACGACGUAUACCUUAAACGCCCUCCCUUCGCUGAAUGGCUCUGUUGGGUAUAUCUUCUCUACUUGCGAGCUUGAUCUCAAGAACUCGGGGAGCGUACGUUUCAAGGAUGUCGUAGAACGUUUCAAAGUAUACGGUAUACCUAAGAAACCCGAGGGAAAGGAGGAGGAAUGGCUGGCUGGGAGACGGGUGGAUACUAGAGACUACCUUCUCUCAGGCCUACUUUACAUCCCAACAGGUCAACUCGACGCAUUCUACACAACUCGAUGGUCCCGAACUACCCAACUAUCCGCAGCAUGUAUCCUCACUCCACCAGCAUCCUCUACACCUGGUUCAAGAUACCAGUCCUCAUUGAGUUCGUCCGACACGAUGCUACUCGGUUUACAGCAUGAUACCGGUCGUUGGGGAACCGAAUACACUUGGCAGGCAGAGAGCGGUGGGGGAAGCAUGCUCGGUCUACGGGUUCUUCGGAAUUUUGGGAAGAUGGGGAAUGGUGGUGGUGAUGCUACUGUUGUUGAUGAUCCUGCGACUAAGGAGGUUUCCUCGAAUUUAAAGCGGGUGGAUGAAGAGGAUGCUAUGGAAGGUGGCUUGAAGGGUCGAUUGUCUGCUGGAGCAGAGUUAUAUCUGAGCACUGAGAAGAGUGCAGGAGUUUCAGCCGGUAUACGAUUUACGACUUUACCAGACUCCGCGCUUGCACAAUCAACAGCUUCCUCCUCGUCCUCGUCCUCCUCGUCAAAACAACCCUUCUUGCAACCCCCAACCAUCUGUACAGCAACCUUCACACCUAUAACAGGCCACCUAUCAGCAGCCUAUGCAGCCAAAGUCUCUCGAGACUUGGCUCUGUGCUCGCGUUUUACGUUUAAUAUUAAUAGUUAUGAGAGCGAGUGGACGAUGGGUGGGGAGUGGUGGUUGAGGAAGAAACGAGCUGCCGUUACUCACGUAGACGGACCAAAUGAAACACCUGAAACGGCGUUAUCUCUUUCAGAGAGUCCUGAUCCACCAUUGUUCCGACCUGAAGACGAAAUACAGGGAGUCGUCAAAGCUAGGUUAUCGACUUCAUCCGACAUGGCCUUCAUGUGGGAAGGCCGAAUACGCAACGCCCUCGUUAGUUUCGGCGUCAUCUCAAACCUCGUUAACCGUUCGAAACCAAUCACUGCUAUCGGGCUUGAACUUGCGUAUUUUAGCUCGGAAUAG